GUGGGCGGGACUUCCGGCGUCUUUCCGAUGGCGAUGGUUUGGCGGCUUUUGCUGCUGUCGGCAGGAGCCGAGGCUCUAAAUCAGUGGGUGGAACCGAGGUAACGGAGACUGGAAAGCGCCCGAGGGGGCGCGGUCCACACUGCACGGGAGUGAGCGGGUUGCGGAACGUGCUUCCGGGAUUAUCGACCCAGGUCUCCGCCGUCAUCACGCGCUCGUCUCCCGGCAUCACUGCGCCCAAAGAGUCCUAUGGCAACCAGCGUGCCAAAGGCCACGGCCCAGCAGGUGAGCCUGAACAGGGGCGAGGCAGUCAUUCAUUUGAUGUCUACGCAGCAUUCUGAGAGAGACGUCUAGAAGUCGCCCUUGUGCACAUAAGGACAGUGAUGCGCUCGGUGGUUGCAUGUUUGUCCAGGGCCAUAGACUUGUCUGACUCCAGCUCCGAAGACCGAGAAACUGAGGGCGGAGGUUGGCCUGAGAUCACUCAUCUCCAGGACGAAGAAAGGAAGAACCGGCUCAGCCACUCCGUCCUCCCCAGGCCGCCUUCACCUCAGCUCGUCCUCUUUUCACAGGGUCCCCAAGGAGCUGCCGUAGGUAUGGUCCCCACACAGGGCCAUGUGACCUUUGAGGAUGUGGCUGUGUCCUUCUCCCAGGAGGAGUGGGGGCUCCUGAGCGAGGCUCAGAGACUCCUGUACUGUGACGUGAUGCUGGAGAACCUGUCACUUGUGGCCUCCCUGGAUUGUUGGCAUGGAGAAGCCAAGGAAGCCAUACCUGAACAGUGUGUUUCUAUAGAACAAGUGGCACAAGCUAGGAACCCAAAGCUGGAGCCGUCCUUCCUGAAGACUCUCACUUCUGAUACAUAUGCUCUGGUAGCGAAAGAUGCUCUUUUCCUGGCUGAGCACCAAGGAGUGUAUCCUGGACUGAAACAGUCCUUUCCUGGGGCUUGUCAGAAAAUGUUCACUUCUCACUUGCAGCAGCACCAGAAGCAGCUCUGUGGAGAGAAACAGCUCAGAAGGGAGGAGAACGGCACCAUGCUUGUGACAAGCUGCCAAGUACUUGUAUCUGAUAAUAUGUUCACGUGCCGAGAGGUUGAGAAGGAUUUCCUAGGCAGCCUGGGCUUUCUCCAGCACCAGCCCACCCGCAAUGGAGAGCAUCCACGGAGAAGGAGGAAGAGCAGGGAGGUCUCCCACCCUGGGCGAGGGCACUACGAGUGCAGUGAAUGUGGCAGAGCCUUUACUAAAAAGUAUAAAUUCACGGAGCACCAGAGAGUUCACACUGGAGAAAAACCUUAUGAGUGCAAUGACUGCGGGAAAUUCUUUAGACUCAGGGGGGGUCUUUCUCAUCACCAGAGAGUUCACACUGGAGAAAAGCCUUUUGAUUGCAGCAAAUGUGGGAAAGUCUUCAUCUACAAAUGUAAACUUGUCCAGCACCAAAGAGUCCACACUGGAGAAAGACCCUACGAGUGUAAUGAAUGUGGGAAAGCCUAUGCCCGGAAGGAUUCACUUGUUCAGCACCAAAAAGUUCACACCGGAGAGAAGCCUCAUAAGUGCAGUGAAUGUGGGAAGCCCUUUCUAUACAGAAAUAAACUUCUUGUACAUCAGAGGAUCCAUACUGGAGAAAAGCCUUUUAAGUGCACAGAAUGUGGGAAGUCCUUCAGUUACAAGACAAGUCUUAUUAUCCAUCAGAGAACCCAUACUGGAGAAAGGCCUUAUAUGUGCAGUGAGUGUGGGAAAGCCUAUGUCAACAAAAAAAGUCUUGUUGUCCACCAGAGAAUUCAUACUGGGGAAAAAGUUUAUGAGUGUAAGAAAUGUGGGAACGUCUUUACAAGCAGCUUUGCCCUCAAUAAACACCAGAUUGUUCACACUACACAAAGGCCUUACGAGUGCAGUGAAUGUGGGAAAGCUUUCAAGAGGAAAAUUAGACUCGUUGAGCACCAGAGGAUCCACACUGGAGAAAGGCCCUAUGAGUGUCAUCAAUGUGGUAAAGCAUUUAAGCUGAAGAAUACACUUGUCAGCCACCGAAAUGUCCACAUUAGAUCAAAGCCUUUUAAAUGCAGUGAGUGUGGGAAGCCCUACAGUAACAAAACAAGUCUUGUUGUCCACCAGAGGAUCCACACUGGAGUAAAGCCUUUUCAGUGCAAUGAAUGUGGGAAGCCUUACAGUUACAAAACAAGUCUUAUUGUACAUCAGAGAAUCCACCGUGGAGAAAAGCCUUAUGAGCAUAGUUCUUUGUAGCCAGCUCCAAGCUCAUAAACAAUAAGAAAGUUCAGGAGUUCUUGCUGUGGCACCGUGGAUUACGCAUCUGACUACAGCAGCUUGGGUCAGUCUGCAGCUGAGGGUUCAGUCCUCGGCCUGAUACCUUAGGCUAAAGGAUCUGGCAUUGCCACAGGUCAAAGCUGUGGCUUAGAUUCAGUCCCUGGCCUGGGAACUUCCAUAUACUGUGGAUGUGGCUAUAAAAUUUUUAAAAAGAAGACAUUUCACACUGGGGAAAUGCUUCGUGGGCUUAGGCAUUCCUUCACUUGAUUUAAUAUAUAGCAGCACAGUACCUUUGUCUUGGAGUAGGUGAUCGUGUAACUUCCGUGGGGCCAGAUAAACUUUUCUUUUUCUUUCUUUUUUUGUAUGGCCACACCUGCAGCAUAUGGAAGUUCUCAGGCCAGUGGCAA